CGAUUCUUUUCUGUUCCUUUUGCGCGCAUUUCUUUACGACGUCACGACCUCUAUGGCCUCUUCCAAGAUACCCUCGACUUUAAUAAACAUAUAGCUUGUAAUUCCGGGUCUGACGUUUGUUUGUCGAGCCCGAGCUCAAGCCCAAGCCCCAAGCCCCAAGCCCGACCCUGAUACACCUACACUCAAUUCUUGCCUGGCCGCACUUGCGAGACGUAUACAACUCUUUAAAACAUCUAGAUCAUUGCCAUGGAUCAACCUCCGCCGCCGCCGCCUCACGGCCAUAAUCCUAGAUCGACAAACGGCAAUCCCAACCCAAAUACAAAUCCUAAUCCCAACCCCAAUUUGCCUCCCGGCAAAUAUGAUAUAUUCAUUAUUCCGCCACAUUCGUCGGGGUCAGGUUUCCUGUACCUGCCAUCGAUGAAACCGAACCUGAACAGCUUUGCGGCAGGAUUUGCUAGUGCUUUGGUGCUAGUUGUUCUUUGCCAAAGCUUGGGCCCUGUCGUUCGAGUGUGGUACAGUGGGUUUCAAGGAUUGGGAAACAUGGGAAUGUCGUUGUUAAUGAUUGGGGUUGGUGUCGGAGCAUGGUCCUUGGGAAGAACCCAGCAGGGAGCUGGCCCGUGGUCUGGGGGUGGUGGCCCUGGGAACACUUACGGUGGAUAUGGCCCUCCCCCGGGAACUGGAGGGUAUCCCGGUGCCCCUCCCCCAGGUCCUGGCUUUUCCAGCGGCCCUCCCCCAAAUGACGAUAUACCUCCGCCGCCACCUCCUCAUGGCGCACCUCCUCCUCCUCGGCAUGGGCCAAUGCCUGGUACGCCAGGGGGAGAAGGAUCGAAACAAUCGUGGCAACAACGCCCGCAAGCUGCUGAGUUCAAUGAACAGCCCCGACAACCUCCUUCAGAACAUCGCCAGCAGACUCGUCCGGAAACUCCUCGAGAACGUCCACGCGAGCAUCCACGAGAACGCCCACGAGAACGCCCGCAAGAACAAUCGCGAGAACAGCCGCGAGAACAGCCGCGAGAAACUUCUCGAGAGCAACCCCGAGAGCCUCCACAUGAUGUCCACAAGGAAGUGUCGAAAGAAAGUCCUAGAAAGGUUCCUAAAAAGAAGGCUCCAAAGGAAGCUCCAAAGGAAUCGCUGAAGCAAAGUCAUAAAGAGCCAACCAAGGAACACCCAAAGGAUCCCCCUAAGGAACCUCCUAAGGAACCUCCUAGGGAAUCUCCCAAGGAAUCUCCCAAGGAAUCUCCCAAGGAACCGCGCAAGGAACCGCGCAAGGAGCCUCGUAAGGAGCCUCGUAAAGAAUCUCGAAAAGAGCCCUUAAAAGAAACAUCUCGGCAAACGAUCAAGGAAACUAUCAGAGAAACUCUUAAGGAGACCAUGAAGGAGGCCUUCAAGGAGCCCUCCCCCACAAUGCCACCCACAAUGCCUCCCACGAUGCCUCCCACUGAGCCACCGACCGAGUCUCCCACCAAGUCUCCCACCAAGUCUCCCACCAAGGCUUCUAAACUGCCUCUCAGAGAACCCUCCAAAGAACCUCCCAAAGAGCCUUCUGCAGAAACUCCCAAGACUCCCAUGACCCCCAAAGAAACCCCCCAGGAUUCUCCGAAAGAACCUCCCAAAGACCUACAUAAAAGCGUAUGGGAGAAGGCCAGAGAGGCAACUCGGCGGAAAGAGGAGGAACGUAAAGCACAAGAGGCUGCACAAAAAGCUAAGGAGGAACAACAACGUAGGAGAGAAGAGGUAGCCCGAAAAUUGAAGGAACUGCGCGAGAAAGAGGCUCUUGAACGUGCCAAGCGUGAACAAGAAGCCAAAGAUAGGCAGGAACGCGAUAUUCGUGAGAGAGAGCAACGGGAAGCCGAGCAACGUGAACGAGAGCGGAAAGAGAAGGAGGAGCGGGAAAAGGAACAAAGAGCAAAUCGAAUCCGGGAAGCUCGGGAGCGGGAGCUUCGUGAAAGCCUUGCGCGUGAGAGGGCGCUCAGAGAGCAGCUUGAGAAGGAGGUCAAAGAGAAGGAGGCAAUACGGGCCAAAGAGGCGGCUGAAGCAGCUAAGCUGAUGGAGGAGGCGGCAAGAUCGAGAGAGGCUGACAUUGCCAAGCGCCUUAAAGAAGCAGAGGAUGCCCGAAAGAAGGAAGAAGAGGCUGCCAAACAGAGAGAGGCAGAUGUUCUUCGGCAGAGGCUAUUGGAAGCUGCCCGACAGAGAGAAGUUGAAGCUGCCCGACAAAGGGAAGAGGACGCAGCGAGACGAAGGGAGGCCGAAGAAACCAAGUCACGGGAGGCGGAGAUAGCAAGGCUGAACGAAGCUAGCAGGAGCGGUGCCUAUGCUUACUCGUCAGUGGGUGAGAAAACCAAUCCUUGGCCGAACGGGAGACCUUUCGUUCAAUCUCCAUCUCCCCCUCCCUCUCGACCAAGCCCCAGCACCACGUCGAGUAGGCCCAGUGCUACUACUAGCAAGCCUAGUACUCCUUCGACCAGACGACCCCCAGCACCGAGUACCCAGGCCCCCAGCGCCACUGGCACUUACGAUGAAGAAGGUUACUCAUACCGCCCAUACGACACACCAAAGAGCCAAACGCAUAGCCGAAAACGGUCUGGCGGUACUACUUUCACAGAGUCAUCAUACGCGCCAUCUCAAUCCACUUCGCGGACUACACCACCCCCGUCCGAACGCCCCCCAUACGAGUGCAAAGACGAGGGCAAAAUCGUGAUCAAGGCUGUGUACAAUUUCCUCAAUCAAUUCUCCAAGACUCCAGCUUCUCAGCUCAUAUCUGGCGUGUCACCAGUUACGGAUGGGCUCAUUCUCCGCAUGACAUCUGCUGGUAUCUUUAUCGACGAUGAUAUUCGGCAUGAGCCACAACGUGACUGGGAUUUCAAAGCCUGGACGCUUAGGACGAUAGAAAUAUGGUGCCCAUCUCAUUGCGUUGCUGAGACUGCCCCCAAACCAGUUCCCAAGGCUCAUCGCUUUCGCUCGGCAAUCCGCGGCCAGCCUACGACGCUGACUGGUGAUGAAGCCACGGCUUGUAUUGCGGAUCUUAGGAAUUCGUGUAAAGAUGUGUGCCGUCUUGCACCUCAUGGAAGACGUGGACCCACGUCAUCAUAUCUCGGCAAUUCUGAUCACCAGGGCUUACACUUGCUCCGUGCCACAAUUAGGGACCAAGAAGGUCGAAGUCAUUUGUUCGUGAUCAGUGAAGAGGAGAGUUGGAAGAUGGCGAAGGGCCUUAGAGAUCUGUUCUCUGGUACACAGCAUCGACAGCUCGGCAUCCAGUGCAUGUCGAAAGCUGAGGCCCAAACCAUUCUGGAGACGCUUGGUUGGUGAGUUGACGAUGAAGUCUUUUUGAUUAUGGAGAAAGAUAGACGUGUUUGGGAUAUCUCUUGGGGUAUUUGUAUUGGACGACUGGAAUGUUGCAACCCAUGCCGCAUUCCAACGAUCAUACUUGCCAAACUUCUCACUUCCUUGGCUA